AUGGACACUAAAGUCAUGGUGGCCAAAUUGGCUAAGAUGAGAAAAGAUCUUCAGGUUGAGAUUGUGCACCUAGAUGAUGGGAAAAAGGAGGAAAAAGAAGAAGCUGCCAACACUACAAAUUCCUCUACAGAGAAGAAGCCGAGAGAGGAAGUUGACACCAAAAGUUCCUUAUCAGCAGAGAAGCCGAAGGAGACAAUUCCCUCCAAGCCCAAGGAAGCAGAAGGUGCUAAGCCCAUGAGUGAAGAUAGGUUGGAAAAUGGGCCUACUAUAGGAUAUGAUUAUGGUCAUGGAUCCAAUUAUGCUUAUGGGAAUGGGCCUUAUAACUAUCCACAAGGCUGUAGUGAAUCAAAUAAUCAAGGAAAAGCCUAUGCAGCACAAUACGUGAUUGAUGAGGAAAAAAAAACAAGGAAAAUUGCAUGCCCUGGGAAGGGGAAGGCGGUCGCCACUGGCGGAGGAAAACGGAAACAUGGCGGUGGUGGUUCUGGUGACGACGACAAGACCGGUGGUGGAAAAAGAAGAGGAACCUUCUUCGAAGACGCAGCUGAUGUUGGCGAUUACGAGAGUGAUGAUAGUGAUCUUAAUUUUGAUAUCGAAGAUUUUAUGGAUGAAGAAUAUGAUGUAGAGCUGAAAGUCAAGAAUGAUCCACCGAAAUCCCAAGGCUUUCCAAUUGUUCCCAAAGAGGAGGUGAUGGAUGAGGAAGAAUUUGAUAAGAUGAUGGAAGAGCGUUACAAGAACAAUCCUAGAUUUCGCUAUGCUGAAGAUGCUGAUGAGGCUAAAACAUCCAUGGAAAGAAAUUCUCUUCAUUCUUCUGCAAAGGAUCCAACUAUCUGGAAAGUCAAAUGCAUGGUUGGACGCGAGAGGCAUUCAGCUUUUUGCCUCAUGCAGAAGUUUGUUGACUUGAAAUCUCUGGGUGCCAAACUGCAGAUAAUAUCUGCAUUUGCCAUUGAUCAUGUAAAGGGUUUUAUUUAUAUUGAAGCUGACAAGCAAAUUGAUAUUAUUGAGGCAUGUAAAGGGCUCUGUAGCAUAUAUUCUAGCAGAGUGGCACCGGUUCCUAAAAAUGAAGUUUCUCAUCUGCUCUCCAUCCGAAAAAGUUGUAAUCAAGUUACUGAGGGCAUGUGGGCUCGUGUAAAGAAUGGGAACUAUAAGGGGGACCUGGCACAGAUUGUGGCUGUAAAUGAUGUGCGGAAAAGAGCAACAGUCAAGCUGAUUCCAAGAAUUGAUAUGCAAGCAUUGGCACAAAAAUUUGGAGGAGGACUUGCAAACAAGAAAGCUGCUAUACCAGCCCCAAGAUUAAUCAGCUCAAGUGAACUUGAGGAGUUCCGGCCUCUUAUUCAAUAUAGACGUGACCGUGAUACUGGCAAGAUGUUUGAGGUCCUUGAUGGCUUGAUGCUCAAGGAUGGAUAUUUAUAUAAAAGAGUAUCUAUAGAUUCUUUAAGCUGCUUGGGCGUUAAGCCUUCGGAAGACGAGCUGUUGAAGUUCAAGCCUUCUGAGAAUAAUGAAUCAGAGAAUUCAGAAUGGCUUGCGCAGAUAUAUGUUGGACCAAAGAAAAAACGGAUAAUUGGAAAUGAGAAAGCUGGUGGUGAUAAAGGAGAGAGCUCGUCAGCAUCUGGCCAUAAUAGAUUUGAACUGUAUGAUCUUGUGUGUUUCGGCCGCAAAGAUUUUGGUCUUAUUGUUGGUAUGGAGAAAGAUGACUUUUACAAGAUUCUAAAACAUGGACCGGAAAAACCUGAUGUGGUGACUGUUGCAUUACGUGAUCUAAAGAAUGGGCCCACUGAUAUGAAGUUUACUGCUUUAGAUCAUCACAAGAAAACCAUAUCAGUUAAUGAUACUGUCAAGGUUUUGGAAGGUCCAUUGAAGGAUCGGCAAGGAAUUGCUAAGCAAAUCUACAGAGGCAUCAUAUUUAUAUAUGAUCAGAAUGAAACAGAAGACGGCGGCUAUUUGUGUUCAAAAGCUCAAAUGUGUGAGAAAAUCAAGCUUUCAUUUGAUGCUUUCUGUGGAAAGGAUGGUGAAUCAGGCUCUUUAGGUUUUGAAGAUUUCCCAUCAUCUCCCAAAUCCCCCUCAUCACCUAAAAGACCAUGGCAGGCGAGAGAAAACAACCGUGACUUCAACCAAAGGGACAAGGAUGGAUUGUUCUUCAUUGGUCAAACCUUGAGGAUCCGAGUAGGACCUUUGAAAGGGUAUCUAUGCCAGGUCCUGGCCAUACGCUAUUCUGAUGUUACCGUGAAGCUUGCUUCUAAGCAGAAAGUUCUCACAGUUAAAAGCGAGCAUCUGUCCGAGGUUCGUGCGAAGAGCUCUGCCGUGUCUGUAAGUGAUGAUCCGGGAUCCAAUUCUUUCAAACCAUUUGAUCUACUUGGAACUGAUGGUGGCUCUGGAGGUUGGACGGGUGGAGCUGGGACAUCAGCAGAGGGUGAUGGCUGGAACACUGGUGGCCUCACCACUGAAAGUGUGCUUGUGAUUGUUGAUGCAAAAUGCAAAUAUGAAGCUAAGCCUGUGAGGUUACAAUUGGAAGAUCUGAAUUUUGUUGAUUUAUGGAAUUUGACUUCUUGGCCUAGCUCGGGUGCCACGCUUCAACCCGAAAUCAACCCUGUAAAUCCAUCAAGUUCUGCAGAUAACGAACUAAAUAAAGAUGAUGCUUGGGGGAGUCGAGCAACAGCAAAUCAGAGUUCAUCUUGGGGUGCAGCUGCAGCUGAUUCGUGGAACAAAGCUGCUUCUAACAUUGGUUCUAGCAGUGGUGCAUCUGUCGGCUGGGGUAAAGCAACUUUACCCAAUGAAGAUCCGGCAGGCUUUUCAAGAGGUUCUGGAGACAACUGGGGUCAAGGAAACCUCCGAGCUGAAAAGUCUUUGAUUGAUGCUGGAACUGCUUGGGAGAAAGGAAAGACUGUCAUUGAAAACCAAACCAGCAGUUGGGGUGAUGCAGCUACUGGAAAGAAUCAAGUGGAUUCUUGGGGAAAGGGUAAUGAUGCAGUUGAAGCAGGAUCCUGGGAGAAGAAUAAAAGCUCUGGCACAGAAGAGGACAGCUGGGGUAACAAGAGUACUGGGAAUGAACAGAAAUCGCAAGAUGGAGACACUUGGGGUAAAGCUGCAGAAAACCAAGAGAAGGGCACUGCUCAAAAUGGUUCCUGGGGCAAAGCUGCAGAGAAGUGGGAAAGCAAAAAUGGCUCAGAAAAGGCAACUGAGAGUUGGGGUAAGGCAGGUGGGAGCAGCACUCAACCAAUAACUGAAGAUGCUGAUAAAGGAAGUGGCUGGAUGAAAGCCGAAGUUGAUGGUGCAAGUCAAACUGCAAAUUGGGGUACUGGGAAAAUUUUUAGUGAAGAUGCAACUGUAUGGAAUAAAGAUGGAUCUAAUAACCAGAAUCAGAGUGAUAACUGGAAUAAACCAAAGGCCUUUGGUGCUGAUAGGGGAUCUUGGAAUAAACAUGGAGAAUCAUCUUGGGGUAAACAAGAAGGGGGGUCUUCUGGGAAUAGACCAGACAGAGAUCAAGAGUUCUGUGGUUGGAACAAGACAUCUGAUGGGGGUCGUGGGUCAGGUGGGGGGAGGGGACGAGGAGGUGGUCGUGGUGGUAGGGAUCCGUUUGGCCAAAGAAGAUCCUUUGGUGAUGGUCAGUCUUCAGGUUGGAAUGGUGGAGAAAGCAAUUCAACUGGCAACGAACAAGGAGGUGGCUGGGGUAAAUCCAAGGGGUUUGAGGAAAGUAGGGAGGGUGGAUGGAAGUCUGUUUCCUCUUGGGGAGAUAGUGGAUCAGGUUGGAACAAGAGCUGGGGAGCAGAUAAGGAGACUGGUGGAAGUGGGGACAAAUGGAACAGUGAAAAGCCUACUUUUGGGAACAAAUCAAGUUGGAACAGUGACCAAGCUGAAUGUCACAACGGGAGCAAAGGUUUCACUGCUCAUAUAUCUUCAGGAGGGCAAAAUGAAGCUGCUAGUUGGAAUGCACCCAAGUCAGAUGGCGGGCCAUCUUCUGGAUGGAAGAAUGGUUCUGCUGCGGAUGAAGUACCAGGUGGAAGUUGGGGUGGAGGAAGCAACUGGAACACAGGGAAAGCUUCAACUGAUGACAAUACAACUGGAUGGAAAAGUGGAACAAGUGGGAGUGGCACCCAGCAGUCUGACUGGGGUACUCCAAACGCUUCCAAGGGAGACCAGUCAUCAAGCUGGGAUACUAAAGCUGGUCAUGUAGAUGCUAACCAAUCAUCUGGUUGGGGUAAUAAAAGUGGUUGGGUUACUCCUAAUUCUUCUCAAGAAAAACCUGGUUGGAAUCAGAAAUCUCCUGAACUUGAAAAGGACAGCAAGAGAGAUGGAAACCAGAAUUCUAGCUGGGGCAAGAAAAGCGAUUGGAAUUCUGGAUCAAGUGACGCAGGAGGAAAUGCUGACUCUUCUUGGGGCAAGAAGAGCAACUGGAACUCUGAAUCCAAUAAUGCUGAUGGAAAUCAAGAUUCUGGUUGGGCCAACAAAAGCAACUGGAACUCUGGGUCCAAAGAUGCCAACCAAGGUUCUAGUUGGGCUAAGAAAACUAAUUGGAACUCUGGAUCUAGUGGUGCGAACCAAGAUUCUGGCUGGGGCAAGAAAUCUAAUUGGAGCUCUGGAUAUGGUGAUGGUAACCCGGAUUCUUCUGUAGCCUGUGAUGGUGAAGGCCAGUCUGAGACCUAUGGUAACAGGGCUGGUGGUGGGAGUUGGAGAGGUGCUUUUAGUGGUAGGGGUGGUUCAGACAGAGGUGGCUUCAGAGGUAGAGGCGAUAGAGGAGGCUUUGGUGGUAGAAAUGGUUCGGACAGAGGAGGUUAUGGAGGUAGAGGCAGAUCCGACAGAGGUGGUUCAGACAGAGGGGGAUUUAGAGGUAGAGGGGAUAGAGGAGGCUUUGGUGGUAGAGGCAGAGGAAGGAGGGAUCAAAAUGGUGGUUGGAGUGAUAACAAUUCUGCUGAAGAUAAGACCUUUGACUGGAAGAAUGGGUCAAACAACAGCAGUAGAGGAUGGAAAAAUAAUGAUAGUGGAAGUAGUUGGAACCAAGGAGGUGGUAGCAGUGGAGGAUGGAAAAAUAAUGAUGGUGGAAGUAGUUGGGGCCAAGGAGGUGGCAACAAGGGCCAACAGAAUAGCUGGAAUUCCGGAAGUGAUGGAACAAGCAAUCAAGCUGGUGGUUGGACUAGCCAAGGUUCAGACUGGAACCAGUCAAGAAUGGCAAAAGAUAGUGGUAGUAAUGACCUUGCUGGUGGUUGGAACAAGGAAACUGGUGCAAAUAGUGGAGCCUGGGGUCAAGUAAACAGCUGGAGGUCAUCAAAUUCUUCUGGCGAGGGCUGGAAAAAAGGAUCUGAUGAUCAAGGGGGUAGCUGGAACAAAGGAUCUGGUUCUGGCGCUCAAGGUGGUGGUUGGGGGAACAAAGGAGCAGGUUCAGGUGAUGCAGGGGCAGCUGGAAUUGAUGCUAAGACCUGGAAUCCGUCUAGUGCAUCUGGCGGAGGCCAAUCAUCUGGUUGGAGUCGAUCAACAGAGGCAAAAGAAGGAACUAAUGCAGGUGGGGAACCAACUGUUCCAUGGGGUAAAGCAUCAACAAGUUCUUGGAAUCAAUCAAGCAAAGACAUUAAAGGUUCUGAUGAUCAAGGGAGUGGCUGGAACAAAGGUCCUGGUUCUGGCGCUCAAGGUGGUAGUUUGGGGAACAAAGGAGCAGGUUUGGGAAAUGCUGGGACAACUGGAGGUGACGCGAAGACCUGGAAUCAAUAUAGUGCUUCUGGUGGAGGAGGCCAAUCCUCUGGUUGGAGUAAAUCAAGAGAGGCAAAAGAAGGAACCAAUGCAAGUGGGGAACCAACCGAUCCAUGGGUUAAAGCAUCAGCAAGUUCUUGGGGAAACAAAGGGGAUGAUGGAAGUAGCAAAGGAGGGUGGUAA